AAUAAAGAUCCAGAGAUUACCCCUACAAUGCUACAAACUUUACCUCUAUAUUACUAUGUAGGUACAGAAGUAUGGAUUCGAUUUAGAGGGUAUAAAUUAUAAUAUUAGUGUAAAAAAUAAAUAUUACUUUUAUUUUCAACUUAUUUAUUGUUUACACCACAAAAAUACUGAAAUAAAUACAAAGGUACAUAAUUAAAAAAAAAUGUUAUUAAUAUUUUUUCUAAAAACAUUAAUUCCUCUGAUUAAAAAACACGAAAAUGACAAAUUAUUUGACAUGACAGUUGGUUAGGUACCUAACACAAACAACAAUAGUGUGAAUAAUUAGAACAUGAUUUAACUUAAUAAAUAAAAUGGAAAAUUUAAAAAUAAGUGGAAAAUAAAAGAAAGCUUUCCAAUGCACUGUAAAAUACCUACUGGUCCAUGAAAAAUAUUAUAAGCAAUGGUGUAAAAAAAGAAGACUGGAUGCCCUGUCCUAAAGAUGAAGUAAACUACCCAGGUCUGGCUUACUUAUGCCCUUUAGGGGAGCUGAUAGUAGCGGAAGAACCGGAUACCUUGCACAGUUUGAUAGGGCUCAAAGAUAUUAGCUACACCAUAUACAACAAUGAAGGCCAAAAGGUAUUUUUAGCUGUCAAGAAAGGUCAAUAUAAAUUCGUAAUCAAAAUUUACAACUAUUAUGGAAAUGAAAUAAUAGAAGUCCAAAAACCUUCUGAGUGCGUAAACAAAGCUUUAAUUUGGGCUCCACCUGGGAAUUUCGUGGGAUCCGUUGAAAAAACGAAAUCUUGCCCCAAAACUUACCUUGUAAAGAACCAUUUAGGUGAAAAGGUUCUAAAAAUAAAAGCAAGACAGUACUUGAACAAUAGUGGAUUCAACAUCUUUUCAAACGGCGACCUAAUUGGGCUAAUCAGCGCUAGAUGGCGUUACGCAGUUUCUUUUCCUAUAGAAAUGGAUUUCGCUAUUAAAAGCAUUUUACUUGGAGCCUGUUUUCUAAUAAGUUGGAAAAAGCCCCUGUUAGGCUCAUGAUUUUUUAAAACAAAU